CAGAAGGUGGCAAGGAACUAGAAACGAUGCACGGUGUUAUCGACUUCUCGCUCGCUGCUGAAUGUACCUACCUGCUCGGGUAGGUAAGUACCGUUCGUCGAGCUACCUUCGACGGCAGUCACGCCACAACCUUCGUCGUGUCAGGUGCGCACGGAGAUCAACGGGACAAUCUUCGGUUAUUCGCGAAGUCUCUCAUUGCCGGCGUCAACGCAAUUCUUCUCUGCAUCGCUGGUGUCCAGAAACAAAAGACGGACAGAAGAGAAACAAUAAGGAAACAUGUGGUUGCCGAGGACGUGUAUCCUGUUGGUUCUGUUGGCUUCGGCGAAAUGCGAAAAACACGAAGAGGAGGAUGCUUCAACCGUGUUUCUCGAGGCUGCCAAAUCCUUCUUCUCGAAUAAGGACAAUAUUAAUGGUCUACAAGGAUUGGCAAGAGCGUUCUUGCAACCGGAUGGCAGAAAAGAGGUGAGCAACGCGUUCGACGGAAAGUCCAACCUAGAUGGUAUCGGUCAAAUCGUAUCUGGCAUAGGAAGUUUAUUCUCCGGGAGUGGAAACAGCCAGGGAAUCGAUUUCUCCAUGAUUGGCUCGGUUCUCGAUGGUGUAAUGAACUCUGAUAAAGGUACCAAAAGAACAGCUAGGAGCGUGGAAACAAAUCAAGAGCAUGGAAUCGAUCUGGAAAACAUCGUGAACGUGGGAAGCAUGUUGAUGGGUCAAAAUGGCAAUUCCGAGUUAUUAAUGGGACUGGUACCGAUGCUGCUGUCGAAUCUUGGCGGCGGAAGCAACGAAGUUGACAGUGCACCUAAUAAGAUACACGAUCAUUCUGGACAUUCUUGGUACAUGCCACCGAUCCUUGAAAAUUUGCACGUAAUGUGGGACCACUUCAGCAACUCGGAACUGGGUCAAACAUUGUGGAAGAAAAGUGGCCUGGCGCAAUUUGUCGGCCAAAUGUCAGACUCCGAGGGACGUAUUCAGUACGAAAAAUUGCUGGAAAGUUUCGAGAACCCAGGCCUGCGUCGCAGAUGGAUACGAUCGCUGACGAAUUAUAUCGGAGAGUGGAUUUCCCAUAUCUCUGAUCCGCAAAUUCAACAGCGCUACUUGAAUACUGUUCAGUUCGUGGGAAAUAGUUUCUUGAAGUCUCAGGGAUUCCCAAAAUCGGCCAUGUUCGAUUCGAUGAGGCCGGCGGAAAGUCUUUCUAGAUUAGUGAACGCAGUGGGAAACCGGUACUUGGGGAUGAAAAUCGACAGUUCGCAGUAUAUCAAGCCAGCUGUGUCGUACAUUAAGGAGUUGAUCGCCCUGGCUUCCGAAAAAGGAUUCAUCAUGUCUCGAGUGAACGCCAGAGGAAUCAGCAACAAGCUCAGUGAUAUGAUCAACAAUGACAUUAUUAAUCCAAUGUUACAGUCUUAUCGAGCGUACAAGUGGGCAAUUAAAAUGCCGCAAUGCGCCAGUCAAAUUCUGUGCACUAUCAAUGAAAGGAACGAACAAGAUACGGAGCAGCCUCGUUUAAGAAGUACCUUAUUGAAAGCGACGAGUUUUCCUGCUGCUUGGGCUGUCAGUUAUAAAUUAGGGACUAACUUCUGGGCCCUGUAUGGAGCCAUCAUGGAACAUGAUAAGUGUACUCAAAAAUAUCCAGCUGACUGCACAGAUUUCCAUGAAGAGGAGAUACGAAUUAAAACAGAGAACAUUCACAGUGAACUUUAAUAUCUAAUUAAGUGUACCUUGUGAGAGACAUUCGCGAUUUUUAAAGUCAAUUUCACGAAUACACAGCCCGUAUUACCGUACGGCUGUUAUUCCAUGCGUAGUAUAUAAGAUUAUCAAGCGUUAGGGAAUAAAGGAAGAGAAAGCUGAAUCACUGGAAAAGUUCAAAAACGUUUUAGUGUAAAUAGAAACACAGCUGAGAAAGGAGUCGUCGAAUAAGUAGAUUUUUAAUGUUACGAGUUUUUUAUUUAUCUCGAAUCUCACGCGAGGAAUAUUCGCUUUUUUCAUGUACAUUGUGUGAUUCUUUUACUUCCACGGUGCUAAAUACCUUUCGGUCAAGUGUCGUGAAAUCAACAGUGGUCAAUUAUAAGAGCACCAGUUUAUAAUUAUUUGUAUGCAUCUUCUUUUUGAUUCAUUAUUAUAUUCAUUUCUUUCUUUAAUGGAAUCUCUAAGAAUUCUAUUUCAUAAGAAGAGCACGUGUGAGAAGGUACAUAUUAUAAUAUAGAUAUAUUCUUUGGGACGUCGUAAUUCUGAGCUUACAAAAGCUCCUUCCAUGAAGGCCGGAAGUUGAAUGACUAGAUCUAUUCGAUCGUGUUCAUGCGUUUGCGUUGUUUGCAACAGCUUCUGUAAAUAUUAGGUAAAAGCCAAAUAAAACUUAUGUUGGAUGUACGAGGUACAUCGUAAA